CGAGCUAAAGUUCAAAGUUUAAAACACUAGCCGAGCCCACCACACCUUGUCCCAUACUCCGGAACAGUUGACGUGCGAUAAUAUGGACCCCGACGAGCGCGAACUCGCCGAGUUGCUCGCGGAGGAAGAGCUGGCGGACCAGGAGGUGGAGCGGUUCAUAGCGCGAAUGCAACAGGCAGCGGCGGCUGGCGCGCGGCCCUCGACGGCUGGCGCGCGACCCGCGGCUCCCGUGAUGGCGCAGGAGUCCGACACGCCGACGCCGUUGGUCGCGCCGGCUCCCUGCUCGCCAACGAAGCCCGACGAUGAAGCCGUAACUGAAUACCAACUGCGGAUGAUUCGACGCAAGUUAUACGAGUUCUAUGUGUUCAGGAAAGAGAUACCUACCAUCGACAAACUGACGCGCGUACUCAAGAGGGAAUUCAACAUCACGGUGUUGCGCAAGGCACUGCUGAAGGUACUGCGUAAUGAUGGCUUCCGGCUUGCCGGUCGCCAGGAGCUGAUUAAGAUGCCGCAGGGCGAGGGUCGACAUCUCCUGGAGCCCCCGGAGCCCCUGUCACCCGCCACGCCAUCCGCGCCCCCCAGCGAAGAGGAGCCACCUGAGAAACUGUUGUAAACGGUCUAUCUUGUCUUAGCUAGAUGUAUACUUCUUGCAAGUGUUUAUGUGUAAUGUUCUAUGAAUGUGCAUUCUGCCAGUGUUAAAUCCUCCCUGAAAGAACUUUUCCUUUAAUUUGUACUGUUGCAUAUUGUAUCUCCCGCGUUUUCAGAGCUAAUUGCGAUUUUUAUUGCGCCUAAAUGUGUAUAUUUUUGCGACAAGCGAUUGUUACAUUUAGUAGAAUCGAUGUGUUAUUGUAGACGUCACAUAUGCAAAUAGUUAAAAAACUCUUCGUUUCCACCUUCCUUGUACGAAUAAUUUAACACUCCAAUGAGUUUUUAUAUUACUAUAUUUCUACUUCAAUACAUACUAACUUUACUAUGUAUUUUAUUUGUUAUUUAAUUCUAUGAGAUAAACAAAUUUAGUUAGGAAAACAUUGUAACAUUACGAAUUUAAAAAAGAAAA